AUGAGCGCUAAGGAACCUUUCGAAAGCAAAAUUUUGGGGACUCAACUUUACUCUCCUGUCAAACUCCUUUACCAGAAUCGAUCCUUAGCAAGUGACUAUGGAGUUUCCUACGAGCCAUACGGCUUGUACAUGGAUUCGGGAGAGCCCUAUUCAGAACCACUACUAAUUGAUGCAGCGGAUUCCGGUUCUAUUCACGUAGUUUACCAUCACUGCCCAUACACCGAUGCGAUGCUGCGUGGUUGGAGGUUCGACGGCAAUAAACUCGUCACAGCCAAACCUGACGAGACUCCUUUGUUGCUUAGAAGACGACAAAAAAUGUGUAUUGCUAGGAGAGUAGAGAUUCGCAGUGACGGUGAACAAGAGGGAUCAGAAUUGACAUUGACGGCAGGUGAUCGUCAGGAACCGCGAUUCUUUGGAUACAGAAUAGAUGAACAAGGUUAUAUAGCCUAUUUUGUUGCCUUCACUCGUAUGCUUCCUUCCGCAUGCAUUUAUCUUAAGUGUUGCGUCGCCAACUCGAAUCUACCAUGCGAAGUUGUCUUCUACGACGUACGGCAACCCGAAGUCUUGUCAAGUUUCGAGCAAGUUGUUGGCGCCCCAUCUGUAACGUUGAGCCACGAGUGUCCUCUAUGCCUACACAACGGUGGUGAAGAUGGAGUACCCCUUGAAUAUUUCACUUCAAUCGAAGAGAACCAGCUCUCGCAGGACUGCCCGAACCUUACCCCCCACACAUAUGGAGACUCCUUUGUAUUUCUUGGACCGGGGAAAGAUGGCAGUCGAGUGCACAAGCAUUUUGCCAUAGGCUCCCUCAGCAACACGUUGCAAAUAAGGGAAUUCGGUAGAAUGACUCAGGUUUCUGUGCAGUACCCCAACAAUCUUUGGCUGUCACGCUCUGGUGCCUACCACGAGAAUUUUUACCCACCAGAGGCAGUGCGGAGCUACUACAUCGUGCGGGGGGCCGAGUAUACAGUUGCCGACGAGAGCCGAAAGAAGCUUCAACAGGUGCUGUUUUACUAUGAUUCGCUGGCAAAUGCACAGGAAAAUAAAGGGACGUCGUUUAUUUCAAGUCUCAAGAGGCCUGAAGUGGCAAAUACCAAAAUUCCGGAUGCCAUUUUCGCUGAGCAUCCAACAGCCAACGACAUGACAUAUUUCUUCAGCAAACCCCUUGACAGCGAUACAAGAUUUGUUGCAGCGGGUGGAUUUCAACUGCCAUCGGCAAAAUUUGUCUCCCCGGCGGUGAUCAAGAGCUUCUGCGUUGCCCCAGUGUUCUAUGACCAGUGGGCCGUGUUCCUUGCUCUCGAGGAACCAGUAGCAGCUUCAAACAAGCAACGAAAGCUCUCGUGGCCUUUUGUACGUAAUUCGGAUGCUUCUUGGGAAACUACACCUCUUCCAUGGUGGGAUGAUGAACCGUUUCCGGAAUAUUCUUCUUCGAGACCGGGGCAGCUGCUAUAUAUGCAAGUACCCAUAUCUGGCACCCGCUCAUAUAAUGAAAUGACACUGCGAGUUUUCAAUGCAGAUGCUUACCGCUCAUUCCACUGUUCUGCUGCGGGUAGCGCUUCCGUGUUGCUGCUGCAUCAUGAUUCAGUAAACCACGUCCUGCAUAUUGAAGAGCGACUCCGGGAUGGGUCGCUGAGGGAGGAAUCUCAAGUAGAGAUUCGGCGUGUUUUGCAUGGUUCUUUGCUCCCUACACGGACGGUGACAUCUUUACAGAGGGGCCCAGACUCAGUCGUCUGGAUAAAUAUGUUAACUACAAAGAGGUUUUCUGUUGACGAAAGCUUUUACUACGUUCCUGCGGACCUACCGGGAAGAAUCGCUUCCGUACAAAGGGCAACUGGGUUCUACGCGGAAGGCGACUGCUUGGGAGAGUGGUCCCCUCCGUUCUCCUCGGCUACGUGCUCUGAGUUUUGUGUCUCGCUGCACGCCUAUCAAGUGAAAGUUGCCUCCCGUGGGGGUUCCGCAUGUGCAUUCCAAGUUGGAACAGAACUGUCGAGGCAUUGCCUUGAAGCUCCGUGCAGCCGUGUCGAGAUUGGAAGCAUCGUAAUUAACAAACAGUCGGAUGACGGUGCAAAGGCGUCGACACGUGAAGCAGUUCAACCGAUAGUGUCCCUUGACACAGACAACCCUAAAUUUGUUGGAAUCAACGACGGAGAACUGCUGAUAAGGUCUAGCGAAGAUUCAGGUGCCUCUGAAAGUCCAGCGGAGUUGGAAGUAUGGCAAGACAGUUUGCUUGACACUUCAACUCAACUCAACGUUGGGGCGGACGGGGAGGCCUCAGCAACUAUAGAGAUGAAGACCGCCGUAGAUGUAUGGCAUUUGCGCAUAGCAUUUGCUUCUGCAACCGGGCAGUCUGGCACAACAACGUCUCAAGUGGGCUCAUUUGAGUUUUCACUAUCUGUGGAGGACGACAGUGGAGAAAAUAUCCAUACAUGGCAGACAAGUGUGCCUCCCUCUCCCGCAGCACAAAGUGUGUGGGAGGUGAUGGAUUUGCGACUGUACCGCGCUAAGACAAUUACCAUAAGGGCAGCAAAUCCUUUCAGGAUUGGAGAGGUCCAGGUGUUCGGCAUGCCUUUGGAGACCUGUCCUACUGGAGGAUUUUUGGGUCCUGCCCAUUGUAGUAUUCCAUUUGUGCAAAGGCUUAACUCUCACGCAAGCCUUGACUGCCAAGGAGCAUGGAGCGAGUGGACCGCCUGUCAAGCUGAUUGUCGAAGGAAAAGGCACGUGGAAAAGGGGUUUAUGCAAGUUUACCAAACGGAGAAGGAAGGCGGUGUCCCCUGCCAAUUUUUUCAGCAUGAACCUUGUGCGGAAGGACUCUGUAACUCGAUUUUUGGCACAAGUCUUCUAAGAGAUGAAGAUUGCUAUCCAUCUCCUUCGCGCUGGUCGGAGUGCAUUGGAUGUCGGCAGAUGCGUGUUUGGCACAUACUCCGCGCAGCCUCCGCGGGAGGGAAAGCCUGUCCAUCUAGCAUUUUUGAAACUCGCAGCUGCGCGAGCGGCGAUGGCUGUGAGGUAAGCGUUGUUAGUUUCCCUGUGCCGCCGGAUCAGCCAUCUCAAGGAGACGACGAUUCAACAGAAGAAAAUGAUCUAAUGCGACCGAUUGGUGGGAUCUUCUUGGUGGCAGCAGUGGCUUGCAUUCUUCUGUUCCUAGCGGGCCUUGAGAGUUGGAGGCGCUGGGGCACAUCCAUGUCUGCGUAUCGAGAGGUACUUAAUAUACAACGGCAGAGAGAUCUUAUUGCAGCACGCCAGCAGAUGCUGGAAUACAAGCGAAUGAUCCAAGAAUAUAAUGACCAACUGGAAGGGGAAGAGCAAGAUAGCGACACGAGAACAGGGGAUGAUGGGGGAGGACAGUUAGAAUCUUUCUUCAUGCAGAAUGCUUUUGCCGGCCCAGCGGAUGAGGUCGAAGCACCGUCGGCUGCAAGCAGCAGCCACACUAAUGAAGAUUCUGAACCGUUUGAAGCAAUAUCUAGAGCAGAUGCACAACGUAGUGAACAGGGCAGUGCGGCGGAGGAAGAAGGCGAUUGA